UAGAUCUUUAGGUGGAUUGGUUCAUGAAAAGUCAUCCCAGGUGGUCUGUGCAAGAUCCAUUGGGUUCAGAUGGGUCACUACAGUUUCCUAGACAUAAUCUGUAGUGCCUUGAGAUAAGUUUCCCUUGUAGAAUAACUUGUAGUUUCGGUUGAAUCACUUCUUACCUAGAUUUUUCCAAAUUUGUUAUUAAUUAAGCAGUAUGAUUGGCGGCAAUGAGGGUAUGGAUACGUUCUACGACUGCCGGAGUGACGACGAGGGGUCUCCGGAGUUGGCAGUGGGUGGUGGCGACGAGGUGAUCUGCAAGCGGGCGCCCCGAUUCGACGAUCCCGUGGAGAUUCGGGCCGUGCUGGAACGAGCAGCCAAUACCACCCAGCGACUGUUGAGGUGCUAUGGCGGCACCGACUGCGUGCCCACUCGCCCAUCGAUGACCCGUUUCUACCCGGCCACCCUGGAGGUCAGCGCUCGUCUCCACACCGACGACAAGUGUCCCUGUCCCAAGGACAGGCAGUGCAAACUGAUUGGAGACCCUGUGACCCUCAAGCUGCCCAUCGAACUGAAUCCGGAAAGUGGCCAGGUCAAGGUGAACAUCUUUCAGCCGAAGUCGAUCGGUACCUUCUGUGGCUGCAAUGCACCCAAAAGUCACAGCAAGUUCAAGAACAGGAGAACCAGUGUGCGAUGGAGCGCUACAAAGGACGAGGUUCGCUACGAUGGCCAGGAGCCGGAUCAAAGCUCGUAAAUUCCAGUGAUUGCACCUGUCAUUUAAUGUCCUUAAAUUAAUUGCUUCUCUGGAACACUUAUUCAUCACUAAAUUUAACAAUGUUUAGGCA